UUCUUUACAAUUCAGUCUACGAUAACUAAAAAGAAUUCAUCAUCCAAAAUUUAAUCUCAAACCCAAGGUGUGUAUCUAUAAAGAUGGCCCAUGCAUCCAUUCUCCGACGCGGCGACGAAGCGAACCAAUCACAAUGAGAUUUAUGAACGAAACGAACGGGACAUAGGGAUUUGAAGAAGCUAGGAGAAGCAGCUUAUAUGUUGGACAUUUAUUCAACUCAUUAUGGCUCCGACGUACAGAGAUCAUUAUUUUGGUCACAGUGUUGUAAGUGUUUUCUUCUUUGUACUUUGGUUUAGUUUGGUUUUUUUGCUGGUGGAGUUUACGUUGCUCGAGAGGUUGUGGUGGUUCAGGGCGGGUUUGGAGGGAUGAGGUUUGGUUGUUAGGAGAUGGGUUGGUUCGGAUUGGGAAAUGGAGUUCCGUGGUACUGCGAGAGAUGAGAUGGGGCAAACUGAGUAUUUUUGCUUGCUUUUCUCCUAGAUUUGAAAAUCGUAUGGAACGAGACUCAAUAGAUGGCUCUUCGAAGAUUCAGUGAUCUUAGGUUGUUGAGGUUUAUUUACACCUUUUUUUGUCUUGUUUCUUGCUUUAGAAAUCAGCGUGAUUCUAAAAUAUAUCAACGGGGUGAGGCAUGCCCAAACUUUCGGCCAAGAUUGUGGAGCUAGAGUUGAACAACUGAAGAAGUCUUCUGGAGGCAUGACUCCCCACUUCCUACGAACUAUGUAGCCCUAGCUUGGAGACCUACAGCUAAUCCUAUUAUCUGAAUUUAUUUCCUCUCCUUUGACUAGCAUCUAAAUCUUCCGUAUCAAACAACAACUAACACACCAUCUCAGCCAUCCAUCAAAGAUUGUCACUGGUGCCAACUCCGCAGCUUCUCCAAUGCCGACGAAUACCCAAUUUCCAUCGUCUGUAAAGACGAAAAUCUAACUCUCCCUGGUGACUUCACCUUCAUCCAGAAGUCCAUUCUUCGAGAAGGAGUAUCCCGAGCUGAUCCUGAAUUUCGAGUGGGCUGCGAAUGCAAAAAUAAUUGCCAUGGAAUCACUUGUCACUGUCUACAAGAUUCCGAAGUCGAUCUACCAGAUCAUAACGUCUACGCCUAUCAAGCAGGGGGUAAUAGCGAAGGAUGUUUGAAAGAACGGCUUUUGAGUAGCAAAGCGCCUAUCUAUGAGUGUCAUGAAGCUUGCGCUUGUGAUAAGACUUGUGAUAAUCGAAUUGUUGCGAGAGGAAGACGUGUACCAUUACAAGUUUUUCGCACAGAAACCCGUGGUUGGGGUAUGCAUCUCCUCUUUUCUCCCAAUAUCAAAUUGAACAAUCUAACAAAUCCUAGGUGUUCAAAGCAAGGUUCCCAUCAAAGCAGGUGCAUUCAUAGAUUGCUACAUUGGCGAAAUAAUCACAUCUCAAGAAGCUGAAAGGCGUCGCGAUAAUGCAAUCAUCAGUAAGAGAAAAGAUCUCUACCUAUUCAACAUUGAUAAGUUCACCGACCCAGAUAGUCUCGAUGAGACUUUACGUGGUGAUCCAUAUGUUAUCGAUGGAGAAUUUUUCUCGGGACCUAGUCGUUUCUUCAAUCACUCCUGCGAACCUAAUAUGAAUAUCUUUGCUCGUGUGGGGGAUUACUCUGAGAAGAAUCUUCAUGAUUUGGCUUUCUUUGCGUCGGAGGAUAUUCGACCCAUGACGGAACUUACUUUUGAUUAUGUUGAUGGUCAUGAUAAUGGAGAGGAGGGAAGUGAGAAAUGUUUAUGUGGAACCAAGUCUUGUAGAGGUUGGCUUUGGUAGUUUUUGGUGAUGAAUAGUAGCGAUACACGGAAAGAUAAUCUAUACAUAGCAAUGAUACCCAGUUUUGAUUUAGCAUGA